AUGCCCUCGUCCCCGCCCUACAAGUCCAACAAGAACCAAAUCAAGAAGGACUCCAUUAAACAGAGGCUAGAAUCUGCAAUCGCAGCUGGUGAGAUGCCUCCGUUCUGCACUAACUGCGGUGCCAUUGAGACCCCAACCUGGCGCAAGAUUUGGGUUCAGGAACAUGACGGAGCACCAGAAAGCGUAGAGUACUCAGAGAAGCCUGGCCGGGUUACUGCCAUUGAGAUUCUGAAACGGGAUAAGGACAAGAAUCCCCUGUCCCACCGCCUUAUCAAGAAAGCGCUUGGUUUCGGUGAUGAUCGAAAUGACUGGUCAGAGAAACUGCUCUGUAAUCCCUGCGCCAUGCAGAAUGUAUUUCAUUUACUGGCGGCUGACGGGCGCCAUACUAAGAACAUGAGUCAGUCAGUCCCAGGCUCCUCCCAUUCCCGGGCUUCCAGAGGUACUGGGACUGCUGACAGUCCCAUCGAGAUGGACCUUGAUGACGAGUUGGGAAGCACUCGACGCCUGCUCUUCCCUUCACCCCGUAAGGAGGGUACACCAAAGACCUUGGGAGAGAUCGAUGCCAACGUAACUAAGGCAGCGGACUGUCGGCAAAACAAGGAGAUCUGUGGAAAGGAGAAUGCAGUUUGCGAUGCUCAGAGCGAAGAUCUCAUCAUGGAUGAUGACAUAGAGGCGUUGUUUAACAGCCCAGUCCAUGAAGAGUACGACGUGGCCGAGAAAUGCCUGUUUUAG